AUGGCAUCUUUAAUCUAUGAACAAUUAGUAGCAGCAUAUACAAAUACCGAUAAUUAAAUCAGAAAUCAAGCAGAGAAAUCUUUAGUCAAUUCGUUGUAGGAAAACUAUUAGAAUUUUUAAUUUAUUGCUUAAUUAGCAGAAAAGCAAGACAAAAGUACUUAUUUCUUGCUAAAUUAUAGUGUAGGAAUAAGCUGCCAAUUUGUUGAAUUCAGUCGUAAUGAAAAUGCUAAAUACUAAUCCAAGUACUAAUAGUUGAUAUUAAUUAGAUUAAUUAACAAUCCAACAUGCUGAAUCAUUGAUUUCUGUGCUAACCUCUUAAAAC